AUGGGUCGUGACACUCGCUCACGCUCGCGGUCCGCCGGUCGCAGGGGCCGCCGGCAGCGGAGUCGGAGCCGGAGCGGGAGCCGGAGCGACAGCCAUGGGCAGAGGAGCCGACGGCACCGGGAGGACGAGGGCCGGCGCCGGAGGAAGAGGCGCAGCCGGGGACGCAGGUCAGAUUCAGAGGAAGAUCGGUGGCAGCGGCCUGGGAGACGCAGCCAGAGCCCCCAGCCACCUCGAUGGCACUCUCGGGACCGGGACCGGUCCUCACCUGACUCAGGGGAGAAGCCAGCUCGUGGCUCCUGGGCUGGCCAUAGCCGACGGCGCUCAUGGUCCCCUGGCUCCUCAGCAUCCAGUACAGAGUCCCCCAGGCGCUCACGCAGCCCUGGAGCAGCGGCUUUGGCCUUGAGCCAGCAGCAGAGCCUGCAGGAGCGAUUGAGACUGCGCGAGGAGCGAAGGCAGCAGGAGGAGCUGCUGAAGGCCUUCGAGACCCCCGAGGAAAAGCGCGCGAGGCGCCUGGCCAAGAAGGAGGCCAAGGAGCGCAAGAAGCGCGAGAAGAUGGGCUGGGGUGAGGAGUAUAUGGGCUACACCAACACCGACAACCCCUUUGGGGACAACAACCUGCUGGGCACCUUUAUCUGGAACAAGGCGCUGGAGAAGAAGGGGAUCAGCCACCUGGAGGAGAAGGAGCUGAAGGAACGCAACAAGCGGAUCCAGGAGGACAACCGGCUGGAGCUGCAGAAGGUGAAGCAGCUGCGGCUGGAGCGCGAGCGAGAAAAGGCCAUGCGUGAGCAGGAGCUGGAGCUGCUGCAGCGGGAGAAGGAGGCAGAGCACUUCAAGACGUGGGAGGAGCAGGAGGAUCACUUCCACCUGCAGCAGGCCAAGCUUCGCUCCAAGAUCCGCAUCAGAGAUGGGCGGGCCAAGCCUAUUGACCUACUCGCCAAGUACAUCAGCGCAGAGGACGACGACCUGGCAGUGGAGAUGCAUGAGCCCUACACCUUCCUCAAUGGCCUGACGGUGGCGGACAUGGAGGACUUGCUGGAGGACAUCCAGGUGUACAUGGAGCUGGAGCAAGGCAAGAACGUGGAUUUCUGGCGGGACAUGACCAUCAUCACAGAAGAUGAGAUCUGUAAACUGCGCAAGCUAGAGGCCUCCAGCAAGGGCCCAGGGGAGCGCCGUGAAGGGGUCAAUGCUUCGGUCAGCUCUGAUGUGCAAUCGGUGUUCAAGGGCAAGACAUACAACCAGCUUCAGGUCAUCUUCCAGGGCAUCGAGGGCAAGAUCCGUGCUGGCGGCCCCAACCUGGACAUGGGCUACUGGGAGAGCCUGCUGCAGCAGCUGCGCGCACACAUGGCCAGAGCCAGGCUCCGUGAGCGCCACCAGGACGUCCUGCGCCAGAAGCUGUACAAGCUGAAGCAGGAGCAGGGCGUGGAGAGCGAGCCGCUCUUCCCCAUCCUCAAGGCCGAGCCCGCAUCACCUGAGCCCGAGCCCACGCCGCCCGAGCCUGCGGAAGACAGUGGCCCUGCUGAGGAGCCUGAGAAGGCCGACACAGCCGAGGGCCAGGGCCAGGGCGAGGGCGCGACGGAGGGCGAGGGCGAGGCGGUGCUCAUGGAGGAAGACCUGAUCCAGCAGAGCCUGGACGACUACGACGCGGGCCGCUACAGCCCGCGGCUGCUCACAGCGCACGAGCUGCCGCUGGACGCACACGUGCUGGAGCCCGACGAGGACCUGCAGCGCCUGCAGCUUUCGCGCCAGCAGCUCCAGGCCACCGGCGACGCAAGCGAGAGCGCUGAGGACAUCUUCUUCCGACGCGCGCGCGAGGGCAUGGGCCCCGACGAAGCGACGUUCGGCGUGGAGGUGCCGCUGGGCCGCGCCUACCUGUGGGCCGACAAGUACCGGCCGCGCAAGCCGCGCUUCUUCAACCGCGUGCACACGGGCUUCGAGUGGAACAAGUACAACCAGACACACUAUGACUUCGACAACCCACCGCCCAAGAUCGUGCAGGGCUACAAGUUCAACAUCUUCUACCCCGACCUCAUCGACAAGCGCGCCACACCCGAGUACUUCCUGGAGGCCUGCGAGCACCGUGACUUCGCCACGCUGCGCUUCCACGCGGGCCCGCCCUACGAGGACAUCGCCUUCAAGAUCGUCAGCCGCGAGUGGGAGUACUCGCACCGCCAUGGCUUCCGCUGCCAGUUCGCCAAUGGCAUCUUCCAGCUCUGGUUCCACUUCAAGCGCUACCGCUACCGCCGGUGACCGUGACCCCGGACUCAUCUCCAAGACUGGGGGGGGGGGGUUGGUACUUUUUCAGGGACUCAAACAAGUGCUUUCAUUUGUUA